UUUUUUUUUUUUUUUGUUACCUGUUGUACAUGUCUAUAUGUCUCUCCAUGGCCGGCUGGGUUUAGUUGGCAAGAUCCUCGAUCUGUACAUAUACUCUUCUGCUUCGAUUCUGGUGUUUGUGCCUGUUUGGUGGUUUUUCUAUUUUUAUUUUAUUCUCCAUUCUGGGCGUGUGGAGGAACAAGUGAUACCAAAAGACUGCGAAAAGAAGGAAAAGACUUACGAGGGAGGGGGGAAAAAGAUAGAUUCCAGGGCAGUCGCCCUAUGCCUAUUAUGUUAAUGUAUCUGACUGAUGAACCAC